GUUUCUGAGGCCGAUUUAAAAAUUAAAAAAUGCCUGUUACUUUCUGAUUUUCUUCAAGUUCCUUGGCCCCGAAAUAGACUAGUACCUUCCCAACCCGCAAUCAGUAACAUCCCCUCUACACCACUUAAAAACCCCCCGUCCCUCUCCCGUUCUCACAACUCUUCCUCUUUUCCUUAUUUAUCGAUCUAUCUAUCUCUACACCGUUAUCAUCAACAAAUACCACAAAAUCAAUCACUUCUCAUCACUAAAACAACACCAAAUUACUACUAAACAUCAGCCAAUAUGACUGGACGCGGCAAGGGAGGCAAGGGUCUUGGAAAGGGUGGCGCCAAGCGUCACCGCAAGAUCUUGCGUGACAACAUCCAGGGUAUUACCAAGCCCGCUAUCCGACGUCUCGCUCGUCGUGGUGGUGUCAAGCGUAUCUCAGCCAUGAUCUACGAAGAGACCCGAGGUGUCCUCAAGUCCUUCCUCGAGGGUGUCAUCCGUGAUGCCGUCACCUACACCGAGCACGCCAAGCGCAAGACCGUCACCUCUCUCGACGUCGUCUACGCUCUGAAGCGACAGGGCCGCACCCUGUACGGUUUCGGUGGUUAAACGCGUAUACUUCUCGUCUUGCAACACUUUGCUGUCCUCGCUAUAUCUAUUCCGUUCGCCGCCUAGCGGUCAAAGUUAGCGGUGCGAAAUAUACGUCAGAAGCAAGUCGGAGCAGAGAGUCUAAAGAAGGUAUACCGCGAUGGACUGGGGAGGAUUGUGACAUUAAAGGGAUUGGCAUGAUACACAACAUUCUGACAACUGGCGUUGGUGGGCUUUCACGUUUAUGGUUUUCAUGGUCUAUGCGAUGACUUUUGAGAUGGCGCCUGAAGAUUAGGUCGCUGAUGACUUGCUACGGCAUUAACUGAAUUUAAUUGCAUCGCUUUACGCUUUGCCAUGAA